GUUUGGCAUGGACGCGUCUGCUCUUCCAACUCAACCGCAGUUCUGGUUGAAGCCUACAAUUAAGUUGGCAACCAUGCCAGGUCUCAAGCGUGCACGCUCUCGGCAGGACACUGAAGAUAACGAAGUGGAAACAGCUUCGUCUCACUUGCGACUGACAAACAAGGGACGCAAGCGAUCACGACUAACACCUGUCAAUGAAAGAGCUAGCGAUGAAAGCUCGGGUGGCGACAGCCCACGGGAGAGCACUGCAGCAGAGAAUGAUUCCGAAGAUUCGGAUAUCUCAGACGCUGAGGCUGUUCGUCGAACCGAUCACUUGCACAGAAAUGGGCAGUUUCGCGAGAACCAUGCAGCGGAUAACGGUAUUAUAGAAGAAGUGUCGUGUAGGAACUUUAUGUGCCAUUCCAAUCUCACUGUCAAACUCGGACCUCUGAUCAACUUUAUCAUUGGACACAACGGCAGUGGCAAGAGUGCAGUCCUCACUGCCCUGCAGCUAUGCUUAGGUGGCAAGGCAACAUCUACGAAUCGUGGCCAGAGCUUGAAGCAUUUCAUAAAGGCUGGUUCAGAUCAGGCCACCUUGCAAGUCAAGAUUAAGAAUCAAGGGGAUAAUGCAUACCAGCCAGAGGUCUAUGGCCAGUCUAUUAUCGUGGAGCGAACCUUCUCCAGGUCAGGCACCAGUGGCUUCAAGCUCAAGAACCAGGAUGGAAGAAUCGUAUCGACUAAAAAGAGUGACCUUGAGGACAUCCUGGACGCACUAGCGUUGCAAAUGGACAAUCCCAUGAAUGUCCUCACUCAGGACAUGGCGCGGCAAUUUCUCAAUAGUUCAAAUGCUGCCGAUAAAUACAAGUUUUUCUACCAGGGGACACAUCUUGAGCAACUCGACAGUGAUUAUCGUAUAUUGGCAGAAUCACUUCAGCUAAACCAGGAUCAAGUCUAUAUGAUGGAGAAAUCCGCAGAGGCAGCUAAAGUUGCUUAUGAAGAAGCAGAAAAGAAGGCGCAGUUAGCCGAGAGAGCAGCGACAAUGCAAGAGCAAUACAAUCACUUUGUGAGGCAGAUGGCAUGGAUACAGGUUGAGGAGGAGGAGAGAAAGCUUGCCAGCAUGGAAGAAGACAUUCGCAAACAAGAUGCGGUCAUUGAACAGCGUGUUUUGGCAGCCCAACAAGCCGACGCGCAACUGGAGGAGCACAACGAGGCGAGGGAUACGGCUCAGCAGGCUCUCAAUGCUGUCAAGGCAGAAUUAGCUUCGAAAAACGAAGAGCGCGACCAAGUAAAGGAACAAUUUGAUGAGAUAAAAGGCCGGUUGAUGGAACAUUUACAGCAGUCGAGGUCGAUCCAGAGUGAGCUCAAGGCUGCACGCGACAAUAUAAAGCGCCUAGAAAAGGAUAUUGAGCAAGAAAAACAGAAAAUCGCUAGUGCAGAUAAUGGUCGACAUGCGCAAAAGAUGGAGGACAUCAAGAAUGCAGAAGAUCAACUUAUCACUCUGAAAGAUGAGAUACAGCAAAGGUCUUCUGAAAGUGCCUCCAUGGAUCGUGACCUCAAGAAUGCAAGAGAUGAGGUUGAGGAUGCAAGGACUGCACUUGAGAAUCACAAAGCAAGCAUCGAAAGCGUGGAGAAGCGUAUAUCGGCUUUUCAGCGUGAAAGAGGCAACUGGAUGGCAGCAUAUUCGCCUAAGCUUUCAGCGCUUCUGAAUGCAAUUAAUCGAGAAUCACGAUUUCGAGAGAAGCCGGUUGGCCCUAUGGGUCGUCAUAUAUUCUUGCUUAAGCCAAAAUGGGCUGACAUUCUGGAGAAGCAGGCCGGUGCUGCUCUUAAUGCCUUUGUUGUCUCUUCGAAAGCAGACCAAACGAUUCUUUCUGAAAUUAUGCGCCGCGUCGACUAUGAGGGUCGCGUAUUCGUGACCUCAUCUCGACCAAUCGACACAUCCCAGCACGAACCUCCAGAAGAGUACGAUACUUGGAUGAGGGUGCUCAGGUUCGAUAAUGAUUUAGUCCGCAAUACCAUGAUUAUUAAUCAGGGAAUUGAUGGCACGGUUCUAGAAGAAAAUUCUGAAAGGGCUGCCGAGAUGAUCUCAAAACGUAUCCCUAAUGUCAAGCAGAUAUUCGCAAUGAACCCGGUACCGGACAGACAUGGCAAUAGAUGGGGAUAUCGUUUUGGGCUGACAAGUAGUGGUGGCGAGUCCCAAACGCCAAUAGAUCCUUGGAAAGGCCUCCCCAGGAUGCAGACAGACAUUGAAACCCAGAUCAGGGCCGAACAGGAAAAGUUGGUACAUCUGAAGGGCCAACAAACCGCAAUCGAGGAAAGACAACGUGAGGCCGAGAAUAAGUUCAAACGGGCUAGUCAAGCUAUUGCUAAGCACAAGAGGGAUAUGAAAUCUCUCCAUGAUCAGCUUGAUCGGCAAGAAGUCGCUAUACAGGAUCUCAAGGACGAACUCGAGGCUGAUACCCCUCAACGUGGUCUUCUCGAGCAAUACGAGCAACAACUUGAAGACGCUAAGGAAACAGAACAGAUGAAUAUCAACACCUACCAGGACUCUGUGCUCGAGAAAGAUAGGCUGAAUGCGGAACAAAGACCUAUCAAAACCGAACUAGAUAAGCUGCAAUCAGAGAUCGAAAUGCUUGAAGAACGUAUUAAGAAAGCCGAACUUCGCCUUGAAAAGGCGAAGGACAAGUGUGAAAUAGAACGGCGCAGGACCAAUCAAAGCCACGAACUCGUAAAGGAUGCUGAGGCGGCUAAGACUAACCUCGAAAAGAAACGUGAAGAACAGGAAAAGCUGGUGGCUGAUUUCACGGAGCAAGCUGAGCAGGUUUCACGACGCGUCCCCAUUGAUGACGGCGAAACUGUUGAGUCCCUGGAAGCGAAAUUGCUUCGGCUUCAAAGAGAGCAGGCUCGACAACGUGACGAACUCGGAGGGGACAAAGAAACCCUGAUUUUGAAGAAGCUUGAGAAGAGGCAGUACUGGGAGGAACGUCAACGAACCUAUAGCAACCACGACGAGAUCCUUGGCACUCUCAAACGAGCACUUGACAAUCGUCUAGACCGCUGGAAGAAGUUCCGUGAUCUUAUCGUGCUACGUGCCCAGUCUAGCUUUGGCUACCUUCUGAGCGAACGUCAGUUUCACGGCACACUCGAGAUCAGUCACGUCGAUCGCACGCUCGACAUCAAAGUCCAACCGGACAACACUCUUAAGUCCAAGAAGGGCCGACAAACGAAGACCUUGUCUGGCGGUGAGAAAUCAUUCUCGACCAUUUGCCUGCUGCUCGCGCUGUGGGAGGCUAUGGGCAGUCCCGUGCGUUGCUUGGAUGAGUUCGACGUCUUCAUGGACCAGGUGAACCGUGAUGUCAGCAUGGGCAUGAUGAUCACCGCGGCGAGACGCGCUGUCAGCCGCCAAUUUAUCCUAAUAACGCCGCAGAGUAUGAAUAACGUCAAGUUGGGAGAUGAUGUUAAGAUUCACAAGAUGAGCGACCCGGAGCGUGGGCAGACGACUUUAACCCAAUUCAUCUCAACUUGAUUGCGUUCGGAAAGGCUCAGUUGAACUACUUUGCACUCGGCAGCUUUCGAAACUGGGCUGAGGUUUUUUUUGGACGUAUUUGUUUAGAUACCCAACAUUAUGAUGUUCUCAUGCCAUUCAAGGCAUUGUAAUUAUUAUUCAAAAGAGUCUUGGCAACUUAACAUCAUGUCUAGGUCUGUCACGUUGAUUCCUUGAACGGUCCCGUCAUAAUUUAUUGAUACAGUGU